CGAGAAGGGCCAGGCCUCCCGGGGGGUCCCGGAGGCCGGUCCCCGGGGGAAGGACGAGCUGGGCCUCGGCGUCCCCCCUCCCCGGGCCCCCCGUGGCGAGCCGCUGCGUGUGGGAGGCCGGGACACCCGAGGCCGCGGCCAGCUGUCUGCCGGGGUGCGGAAUUCGCAGCGCCCGCCGCCGAGUCCGGGCUAUUUAUGGGCUGGAGAAAAGGUUGCGCUGCCCCUUCGCCGGCCUCCCCGCCUCCCGAGCGGCGCCGGGCGCCUGCAGCUCGCGGCUGGACGGCGGCUGGCUGGGGGCCGCGGGGUGCGGCCGGGGGCCUGCGGCAGUCCUGCCCUAGAGGGCGUGGAGACCGGGCGGGGUGGGGGGCGGUGAAAAAGCCGCUCUAGGUCCGCCUCUUCAUUGAUGAAAUUUAAGUUCGUGUGGUUUUACCUUUUCCGGAGUCUCCAGUCUGGCCCCCAGUGGUGUCCGGAUCGCAGAGUAGCCCGGAGCUCCUAGGCUGACUCGGUCCCACCAAGUUUCCGUCUUCUGGAUUUUUUUUUUUUUAAAGGCCAGUUUUUGAUCGUUUUUGUACGAAUACUUAAGUAGCUAAACAUCGGAGGAGAAAACACAUCGGUUGUUGCCGGGAAGGACGAGAGACCUUCCUUAUAACGCAACUCCAAGACAUUGAAAAUUAUAAACCAGAUUAUUUUUUUUUAAUAAAACCCCAAAAUGUCGAGAUUUGUGCAAGACCUUAGCAAAGCUAUGUCUCAAGAUGGUGCUUCUCAGUUCCAAGAAGUCAUUCUCCAAGAACUAGAAUUAUCUGUGAAGAAAGAAUUAGAAAAAAUACUUACAACAGCAACCUCGCAUGAGUUUGAGCACACUAAAAAAGAUCUUGAUGGAUUUCGGAAGCUAUAUCAUAGAUUUUUGCAAGAAAAGGGACCUUCUGUAGACUGGGGUAAAAUCCAGAGACCUCCAGAAGAUUCGAUUCAACCCUAUGAAAAGAUAAAGGCCAGAGGCUUGCCUGAUAAUAUAUCUUCUGUGUUGAACAAACUGGUGGUGGUGAAACUCAAUGGUGGUUUGGGAACUAGCAUGGGCUGCAAAGGCCCCAAGAGUCUGAUUGGUGUAAGAAAUGAGAACACCUUCUUGGAUCUUACUGUUCAGCAAAUCGAACAUUUGAACAAAACCUACAAUACAGAUGUCCCUCUUGUUUUAAUGAAUUCUUUUAACACGGAUGAAGACACAAAAAAAAUACUUCAGAAGUACAAUCAUUGCCGUGUGAAAAUCUACACCUUCAAUCAAAGCAGGUACCCAAGGAUUAAUAAGGAAUCCUUACUUCCUGUAGCAAAGGAUGUGUCUUACUCAGGGGAAAGUACAGAAGCUUGGUACCCUCCAGGGCAUGGAGACAUCUAUGCUAGUUUCUAUAACUCUGGCUUGCUCGACACCUUUCUAGAAGAAGGCAAAGAGUAUAUUUUUGUGUCUAACAUAGAUAACCUGGGUGCCACAGUGGAUCUUUAUAUUCUUAAUCAUCUAAUGAACCCACCCAAUGGGAAGCGCUGUGAAUUUGUCAUGGAAGUCACAAAUAAAACACGAGCAGAUGUAAAGGGUGGGACACUCACUCAGUACGAAGGCAAACUGAGACUGGUGGAAAUCGCUCAAGUGCCAAAAGCACAUGUUGAUGAAUUCAAGUCUGUGUCAAAAUUUAAAAUAUUUAACACAAACAACCUAUGGAUUUCUCUUGCAGCAGUUAAAAGACUGCAGGAACAGAAUGCCAUUGACAUGGAAAUCAUUGUGAAUCCAAAGACUUUGGAUGGAGGCCUGAAUGUCAUUCAGUUAGAAACUGCAGUUGGAGCUGCAAUUAAAAGUUUCGAGAAUUCUUUAGGUAUUAAUGUUCCAAGAAGUCGUUUUCUGCCUGUGAAGACCACGUCAGAUCUCUUGCUUGUGAUGUCAAACCUCUAUAGCCUUAAUGCAGGAUCUUUGACCAUGAGUGAAAAGCGGGAAUUUCCUACAGUACCCUUGGUUAAAUUAGGAAGUUCUUUUACCAAGGUUCAAGAUUACCUAAGGAGGUUUGAAAGUAUACCUGAUAUGCUGGAAUUAGACCACCUCACUGUUUCAGGAGAUGUAACAUUUGGAAAAAAUGUUUCAUUAAAGGGAACAGUUAUCAUUAUUGCAAAUCAUGGUGACAGAAUCGACAUCCCCCCUGGAGCAGUGUUAGAGAACAAGAUUGUAUCUGGAAAUCUUCGAAUCUUGGACCACUGAGACAAAUGCUUCCAGAUUCACUUUAUACUAAUUAUGGGCUAAAGAGUUUCUUACAAUAAAAUGUCCUCUAAGAUGCUCAAAUAAGCAGGUACUUCACUGUGCUGUACUCUGCAGUGUUGAUUUUUAAAGUAGUUUUCUGCAAUCUGCUUUUAGCCUAAGGAAAGCCUAAAUGGAGCAAUACUUUCCUUCUUUGAUGAAGAGCCUAGUGAUUAGUUCAUCUUAAAGUGCAAUAUUAUUUAAUCUUAGAACUGUGCCAACUCGGCAGAUCUUUAACAGAAGCUUGAGUGGUGGUCACUUUGAAUUGCCUUUGAUUUUAAAAAUAAAGUGAUACAACAAUCCA